UUAGAGCUCAGCCAUAGUGCAGCAGCUCUCCCUGGCUAAAAUCCCUUCCCAGUCCUGUUAAUACAACUACCAAACAACAACUUCCCUAUCUGUGAGGCUCUUUUAGACCCAGGCUUUAUAUCCUGCAAGCAGAGGACAGGAUUUUACCAAGGGGGAUUUUCUUGAAGCAGGAGAACUGAAGAGUACUAUCACUCACCAAGCUCAGCCAGGAAAGGACGGAGCAGAGGGUGAUCUGCCAAAGCUUCCUACAGCCGCAUCCACUGGCGCUAAGCUGUCUCAUUGUGAGGGUGGAUGCUAGGAGAAGUGGAGGACGAGCAGAAGAUACACCAACUGUACAGGACAUUUCCUUAGUGAAUGGGGUUCACAGCUGAUUGCUCUAAACACAGAUUUCUGUUUCAACAGCUACUAAAAGCCACUUACAGAAGAGGGGACCUCCUAACCCCUCAGCAGGAUGAACAAGACCGAGGGAGCUUUUGAUAACCCAAAACUUUGGAGCCCAGGCUGCACACAGAACAGCACCUUCCUGACCAGUCUGGCACCACCCUUUGCAUUUGGACAGCAGGCUACGGACACAGCCCUGAGUGUAACCCUUAUUGUGGUCCUCCUUGUCAUCAUGGUGUCUCUGGGAUGUACGAUGGACAUUGCCAAGAUCACUACUCACCUCAGGAGACCUAAAGGUGUGGCAAUAGCCAUAAUGGCUCAGUACAGCAUCAUGCCCUUGACAGCAUUCAUAUUGGGCAAACUCUUCCAGCUGAGCACCUCAGAAUCCCUGGCCAUCCUCAUCUGUGGCUGCUGCCCAGGGGGAAACCUCUCCAACAUCUUUAGCCUGGCACUGAGAGGGAACAUGAACCUCAGUGCUGUAAUAACCGCAUGCUCCAUGGUCCUGGCAAUUGGAUUAAUGCCACUGCUUCUGUACCUUUACUCGGGAGGCCUAUAUGAGGGUGACUUGGAGGGCAAAGUACCUUACAAAGGAAUAAUCAGCCUUCUGGUGCUGAUGCUAAUCCCCUGUGCCAUCGGCAUCAUCCUCAAUGAGAAGAAACCACAGUACACUGGCCGUAUCACCAAGGCAGGGAUGGUUAUGCUUCUACUGUCAUCUGCUGCUAUAAUUGUUCUGUCUGUGGCCAAUAUGGGAAGCUGUAUCAUGGUUGUCUUCUCACCAUCUCUCCUGGGAUCUUCUGCCUUAAUGCCCCUUACUGGAUUCCUGCUGGGCUAUGCUGUCUCUGCAGCCUUCAAACUUGAUCACCGGUGCAGGCAGACAGUGUGCAUGGAAACUGGCUGCCAGAAUGUACAGCUUUGCUCAGCUAUCCUCAAGGUCACCUUUGCCCCAGAUAUCAUUGGCCCCCUGUACUUCUUCCCACUACUCUACUUGCUGUUCCAGCUUGGAGAAGGAUUUCUGCUCAUCCUGGUCUUUCGGAUCCGUGACAGAAUAAAGCAAGCUAAUGAUGCAGCAAAAAUUAUCUGUGCAGGUGUGGAUACAUUUAGUGCUCAAGAAAUGAAGUCAGUGUCAACACAUUGCAGAAACAGUGGAAAACCAGGAAAACAAUACAUGGAUUCUGCAGCAGUUGCUCUCAUAACCCUCCAGGCUCUACCUUCUGCAGCCAGCUCAUAAGUCUCCAGCUGUUCUGUCAAAGAUUUAUCUCAUUUCACAGCAGCCACAGAGCCAGCUGCACCCACACUGUUACUCCCCAAAGACCUUGCUCCAGAAUAUGCCUCGCUCUGUCAGCCCAGAAAGAAGAGACUUUCAGUGACUUCAAGAUCAUUGUGACAACCCUUUGGGACAGCUGAAGACCAGGUUAAGUGACUGUCCCGGUUUUACCUGUAAGAAAAUCACUGCCUACAUGAGUUCCCUUUCUUAAUUUCACUUACCUCUAACUGUCCCGCUGGUACAUAAUGGAAGCAGAUCCUGACGACAUCACUGCAGAUUAAUAACGUUAAUUUCUCUAACAGACCCAGAAUGAGCUGUCAAAGUUUCUCCACGCAGAAGCCACUGAGAUCCAAUGCACAGCCAAGCAGUGCAUGGGCUGUUCGUUUCUCCCAUCCUCCAGCGGGGACCACGCGGUACCACCGAUCCCCCACAGCAGAGGCCACACCACCACGACCAUGGCUACACAAACUGCCUUCGUAUGCAGAGUUUGGGCCCAGCAAGCUGAACCUCCAAAAGCAAUGAACCUUAAAUGUGCCUUCUUUUGUAGCAGUCAGUGAACUCCACACCACACCUCUUCUAGACACCACCUAGGUAUGGUCAUGCUACACACACCAGGAAAGAUUGGCAUCGACAUCUCCAAUGUCCAGACUAUGACUUGUAACCCAAAGUAGUUCACAUUAAUUAAGAAUAAA